UUAAGUACAGACUAGUACAGAAGAAAAGCCUCUCUUCUUCAUCACACUGACAGCUGGGACCACCACUGGGCCCACAUCCUGACAGCUCCGAGUACUACAAGUUCACACAGGGUCAGUCACACAGUUAACGCACUUGGCAGCAAGGUCAGGCGAGGCGAGCUUGCAAUGCCGGCGGCGAGGAGGAUGAGGCGCGCGGCGGCGGCGGCGGGGGUGGUGGAGAGAUUCGCCGGGAUGGGGUCGGCGCUCGCCGGCGUGAUGUUCGUGUGGAGCAUGCUGAGCCCGCUCCUGCCGCGGCAGCUGUUCGAGCACUUCGUCGGCCGCUUCCUCCGGCGGCACGCGCGGCGGCUCGCCGGGCUCGUGGACCCCUACCUCACCGUCACCAUCAGCGAGCACUGCGGCGAGAGGAUGAAGCUCGGGGACGUCUACGAGCAGGCCAAGGCGUACCUCAGCCACCGGUGCGCGCGCCGGGCGCGGUCGCUGCGCGCGGAGCGCGCCGCCCGCGACGGCGGCGGCGACAGGUUCCUGCUCACCAUGGGCGACGGCGAGGAGGUCUACGACGUGUUCCAGGGCGCCACCGUGUGGUGGAACUCCGUCUCCUCCGGCGGCGGGCGGCGCUACGAGUCUCCCUGGUUCGGCGGCGGCGGCGUCGUCUACGACGACGACCGCCGCGCGUACCGGCUCCUGUUCCACCGGCGCCACCGCGACCUCGUCGUCGACUCCUACCUCCCGCACGUCUGCCGCGAGGGCCGCGCCAUCAUGCUCCGCAACCGCCGCCGCAAGCUGUUCACCAACGCCGGCGGCGACCGGUACAGGAAGUCGGCGUGGAGCUACGUGGCGUUCGAGCACCCGUCGACGUUCGACACGCUCGCCAUGGACCCGGCCAAGAAGAAGGACAUCAUGGACGACCUCGACGCGUUCCGGGACGGGAAGGACUACUACGCCCGCAUCGGCAAGGCGUGGAAGCGCGGCUACCUCCUGCACGGCCCGCCCGGCACCGGCAAGUCCACCAUGAUCGCCGCCAUGGCCAACUACCUCGACUACGACAUCUACGACGUCGAGCUCACGUCCGUGGCCACCAACACCGACCUCCGCCGCCUCUUCAUCGAGACCAAGGGCAAGUCCAUCAUCGUCAUCGAGGACAUCGACUGCUCCGUCGACCUCACCGGCAAGCGCAAGAAGAGGUCUCCUCACGCCGCCGCCGCCGCCGCCGAGCCCGUCGACGCCGCCAAGGACGAGAGCGCGAGCAAGGUGACGCUCUCCGGCCUCCUCAACGUCAUCGACGGGCUCUGGUCGGCGUGCGGCGGCGAGCGCAUCGUCGUGUUCACCACCAACCACGUCGGCAAGCUGGACCCGGCGCUGAUCCGGCGAGGCCGCAUGGACAAGCACAUCGAGAUGUCAUACUGCUGCUUCGAGACGUUCAAGAUCCUGGCCAAGAACUACCUCGCCAUCGACGCCCACCACCUGUUCGACGACGUGCGAUCGCUCCUCCAGGACGCCAGGAUCAAGAUCACCCCGGCCGACGUCGCCGAGCACCUGAUGCGCAAGUGCGCCACAGCCGCCGCCGACGAGGCUGCCGCCUGCCUCGCCAGCUUGGUGAAGGCGCUGGAGAAGAAGGCCAAGGGGAAGGAGACAGUGGAGGAGGAGGAGACAGUGGUGGAUGAGUAGCUUAGCUUAACUGCAGAAUUAUCAGGUUAAUUAAUAACAAAUUUAGCUCUAUCAUCUGCAUCAAGAAAGUAGAAUUGUGUUCAGCUCUGCUGUUAGUUUGCUACCAACUUAGGAGAUGAUUAGUUGUUAAUCUUGUUAUGAUUACAAUGCAUCACAAGAUUAACAAUGAACUGAUGUUGUUGUCAACUCAAUUCGAAUGGAUUGGAAUAUUGGAUGAUCA